GUAGCUGUUGACCUAAUUUCCAUUCUUCAAAAUAAAUAAAUCAAUUUAACAUUCAAUCUCCAUAUUUCUCUCUCUCUCUCUUAUCAAGCAAAGCAAUGGAUGAAGACUUCUCCUUCCCAACAACUACAGAUGCUCCGCCGCGCUUCAUCGGAUCUCCGACACUCUGGCGCCGCUCCUCUUCCGUAGCUCCGAUCAGAUCAUCAGAAACAACAAAUCCCUUCUCAGAUUUCGAUCAAACCAAACUAGAACAAGAGAAAACACCCAAUUCUAGCCAGAGUCGAAGAAAGAGUUUUUCAUAUGUUGAAGAAAACAGAGAGCUGCAUUCUUUUGACGGUGAGGAAAUCAAGAUGGACGUUUUAUGGGAAGAUUUCAUGAAUGAAGAAGUUUCAAAGUCAUGUGGGUUUUUGAUGGAGGCUGAUGAGAUAAAUACGGUUGAAUAUGGCCGGAAACAGAGGAGUUUGAAACUGACUAAGGGUGUUACCGGCGGCAAGGUGGUGGUUUCCGGCAAGAGGGCGGCGGGAUUGUUGUUGUUCUUGAGAGUUAUGAAGAAGUUUGUGUUGUUUCAUAAUUCUCAACGAUCUAUUAAAAAAUAAAUAUUUUAAUUAAUAUGUAAUUAUAUUGGAAAUUACUUGUU